AGGGAGUGUGCGUUUGCGUUAAGUAUUUAGGAUUCCCAUCUAAUGUCAGUGUCAGCUGUCAGUGACGUGACAUUGGUUCUUUUGAUUGGACUGCUGUGGCGCAAAUUAUGAUGAAAAUUCGUUUCUGAUUAAAUAACUCCUGGAUUCCUGGGAAAGUUCCUAACAUUGUAUAUAAAGUUUAUAGAGUAAAAUAUAAAUCAAAAAUGUCUUUUGUCAUUUACCUUAUUCAAGCUGUUGCCUUUUUGGAUCUUUUAGCUGUUGGACUUAUAGUGCCUUUGGUUUCCGGACAUGUUCGCGACAUGGGCGGAAAUCAUGUGUAUGUGGGGUUACUUGGAUCUAUUUAUGCAGGAUUUCAGUUGGGUUCUGGACCUUUGAUCGGCAGUUUGAGUGACCUGAAGGGGCGGAAAAAUAUUUUGAUAAUGACACUGCUAUUAUGUGGCAUUGCAUACACUGUGAUGGGAUUGACUAAGUCAAUAUUUGUUAUAAUGGUGAUUAGAGCAGUGUUAGGACUAUUUAAACAGACACAAAUGUUGACAAAAGCACUAGUGCCUGAUUAUGAAAAAAAUGAACAGAGACAAGCUGAAAUAUAUGGCAAGAUGGCGGCCAUCUCAGGCGCUGGUAUUACUCUAGGACCAGUGAUUGGUGGUCAUAUAGCUGAAGAUCAUCCAGAAAAUGGCUUCUUGUUGGUUGCUGUAAUUGUUGGGAUCUGCUUUGCCUUAAAUGCAGGACUGGUGAAUUUCUUGCCAAAGAUAGACAGUAAAGUGCCUAAAAAGAAAGCAGCAAGUCAAACAAAAGGAGAAACACAAACAAGUUUACUAGUUACUUUGUAUUCCAGUGUUCGCCAAUCAAUAGUUGAACUGUUUUGUAUAGAUUGGAUCAAAUAUUGGGACAUUUUUAUGUUCAAAGCUUUAAUUGGUUUUGCUAUGGGAGUUUAUUAUUCAAAUUAUUCACUAUUCUUGAAAACAGAAUAUGAAUUAUCACCUAAAUAUAUAGGUUAUGUAAUUUCUUUCCAAGGUGUAAUAGGAUCAUUGUCCAGUUUUUUCAUUGGUUAUAUUAAUAGUUAUUAUCUCCAUGAUAAAGAUUACAGUAUUAGAAACAUGCAUGUAUUUUUAGUAACAAGUUUGUCUUUAUUAGGCCUAGCUCUAUCAUUUAAUGUUCUUGUUUAUGCUUUCUGGUUGAUACCUCUAGCUAUAAGUAAUGCAAUUGGUAGAUUAGUUACAUUAGAAAUGGUAUUGAAGAGGACUGAUGGAGACCAUAGAGGUACAUUAAUAGGUGCUUCUAAUAGUGUAAGAUCACUGACUGGUGUAGUUGCUCCUAUGGUCUCAGGAGUAAUAGGAGAAUACUAUGGAGUAUCUUAUGUAAUUUAUGCUUCACUUUGUUCAACAACAAUAGGCCUUGCAUUAAGCUACAUGAGAAAAAUUAAACAAACAAAAACAGACUAAGUUUUAAGUUUAUUGUUAUUUUAAAACUAAUAAAAUAUUUGUUCUCACACACCUUUAUCAAUUUUAUAUCCCUUUAUCUGAAUGCAGUUAUCAAUAGUCUCAAUGGUCACUUGAAAUUGCCAAAGAUAACAGAAUAUAAUUGUAUGUAAAUAGUAUGUUGAAAGACUAUUUGAACAAACGCAAUAAUAUAUAAAAUCACUACACUGCAAGUCUUGCACCACUUAUUUACAACCUUACUGUUACGUUUGCUGACUGACAUGCUUUACACCAAUUAUUCCUUUUCCAAUGCUUCCAUUUGUUUUUUUCUCAUAUCUUUUAUGAGUUGCUGUAUAGCUUCUCUAUCUUUGAUGUUCUCCGGUGGAAAGAUUUGUCGCUUCGUGUUUGUAACCCAUUCUUCAAAAUAGGUCGGUUGAUUAAAGAAGAAAAAAAGACCUACAGGAAAAGAUGUGUACAUGGCCAUUCGACCGACCUCAAGUUUCCAGUUGCCCAUUCUUAUUAAUUCACAAAAUAUAAUGAAUUUCAAGAAAUAUUUAAUAUUUUCGAGGUUGUUUUGAAAUGUCAAUGUCGUAAUAGUCAAACGCACAAUCAUAUGACAUGUGUUGUCAGUUUUG